UGGGGACUUCGAGUUAUGGCCCUGAUUAUCGCUUUGUAUGCGGAUUUGACGACGUCUGUACCGAUGUUUGUUUCGGGAGCACUGUUUUUGAUAGCGGGGUCAUACCGCUGCUGUUUUCGAGUCGAGGGGGAAAGACGGCCCCGUGAGCCCACGAGAUUACUUAUGAUUUCAAUUUCUUGAAAUAACCGGCUUGGACAUAUAUUAUCCUACACGAUGAUACAACUCAAUUUAUCAUAUAGCCAAGUCAUGGAUCUGAGGUCUGUUGUCCGG